AUGUUAUCGCCGACGCCGCUUUUCGCAAUGUAAGUGUUUCUGUUAUCUCCGUCUCGAUUUCAGUUUCGAAUUCGAAUUACUUUGUUCCUGAUAAGUUCUUUUUCGAUGCUCGCCUGAUUCUCACCCUGCCAAAAGCGGUCGACGUUUUGAGCGAGAGGUGUGUUGGACAGGACGGCGUUGAAAUGCGAUAAAACCCAAAAAAGUUGUUUGUGCCUGCCGCCGCCUCCUUUUCAUGUUUGCUCUCUCUCAUUAUUACUGUAUUUUGGAGCAAAACAUUUUGGGGAGUUGUUUUUAUUAAUGACGGAGCCUACUUUUCUAUUGAUUGAUAAUGUUGGGUGGGCUCUCUUUCUCUCCUGUCAAUUCACUUUUUUUUCGAAUUUUAUCAUUUUUACGAUGCUUUUAGGAGACCUGCCGUCAUGAACGUCGCUCAAGACGGCAUCUUCUACUCCACGUCUCCUUACUCUUCGACUUCCAGUUCCGACACAAGGGGUCUUUACAGUAUCCAAUACCGCUUUUUUGAUAUUGUCGGUUUACAGAAAGCAUGAUGAACACUCCAGUACCGUAUGCUGACGAUCUGAAUCAUGGUUCUGGACAGUACUGGGCUGCGGAGCACGACGAUCAGAUGAUGAUGAUGGCAUCACAAACCAACUGUUGGCAAGGUUUGUUCGCUUCCGCUUUUCCGACGAUGUCAUCAUUACUGUUCAUUCCAUUCCUUCCCUUGAUUCAGAAAAAAUAGAAGGGAGAAGGACAGAUCGGAAAAAAACAAGUUAUCAGUUGAUUCUCUCUCUCCCUCUCUCUCUUUCAUCCGAUAUUUUCUUCUCUUUUUUUUUUGAUUGUUAUCAUAACAAUAUAUUGGCACCAUCAUCAGUUACUUGGGGGGGGGGGAUUGGGAGGAGUGGCCGACGGCGCGGAGAACCGAGAAAAAUGAGGAACGGUCGGUGGGGGAUGAUGAUAAUGACGAUGUUGAUGCUGAUGACAACAAUGAUCGAUGGGAAAUUUGCGUUUGGAUUCAGAAAAAGUAGGGAUGAACCUUUUUGUCAACCAUCAAUUUUCACAUUUCGCAAUCUGACUUUCGAGCAGGUAGUUGGCUGGUUGCGUUUUGCUGAUAAGGGCUGCCGAAUGUUCGCGAUCGAAUUAAUAAAUAUUUGAUGAAUACGCAAUUUUUCCAGACAUUAAUCUAAUUAGAAAUUCAGUUAUAGAGUAAGGUCAUUUGAACUUCAAACAUCUAUGAACUUCAAAGCUGUAUUUGAAAUUCCCAAAUCUAUAGUCUCUUAGCAAAUCCGUAAUAUUGCACAUUCCUCAGAUGUAUGAAAAAUAAAAAACUGAGUGCUACUGUCAUAUUGUUGCGUUUUACAACGUGCUUUUUUCUGUUUCAAAGCGAGUUUGCUCUGUUAUUGUAUAGAAAAGACACUUUAUGACUGGUUUUCCGACAGAUUUCUCAGAAUUGUCGAGGGCAUUUUCUCCGACCCGGCGCUGCUCGGUCUGGCUGGCCCGGUCAGCUGUAAAACAUAAAAAUUUCAGCUUUUCACUGUGUUCGGCGUUUUCUACUUUGGCCUUUUGCAUGAAUAUAGAAACCAUUAGCAAAAAAAGGGAUUACUGUACAUAUUGUCAGUCCUAUCACUUGGUUUUUGCAAACGUCGGACACACGUUGUUUCACGGUCAUUUUCAAACGUGUCUCUUUAUUCUUCUCUUUCUCUCUCUCGCACUCGCUCUUUUACCGCAAAAGGGUACAUAGAAGCAAAAAGGUGUACGGUCUCUAUCUCUGUUUCUCGAAAAUUGUCGUCGUCGUCGCCGCCGCCGUCGGUCGGUGGGUCGUCGUCGUCGGAGCGGCGGCGCGCGGCCCUAUCUUCUGCCUAAAUCACAACUUAAUCAUUAUCGAAUGCGAUUGGAUUGUUGCGGUCGGGAAUGUCUAUCUUCUUCUUCUUCUUCUUCUCCUUCUCCUUCGUCUUCUUCUUCUCCGAACAAUUUGUAACCCGUUGCGACGGCGACGUUACUGUGGCCCUCCGAGGGACCGAGCGAAGCCGGGCGAAGGAAGGAAGAACGAGGGGGAGGAGGAGGAGGAGGAGGCGCGCCGCUCGGCCUCCGGAUAUCAACUGAUAUUUUGUGUAGAGACAGAGGAAAGAAGGGGGCAAAGAUAGAGAACAAUCGCCUUCAUCACUUUCGCCUGUCCUCCCGAAAAUGUCGUUGUCGAGUUGAGUCGACCCUACUCCCCUCCUUCUCCUCCUUCUCGAACUGUAUCAUUUCACCACUUUCGUUCUGGAACCUAAACCCUAAAGUUAAAAUCUCUGGAACCCGCCGCCGGGGGAAUCCCUUACUGAUCGUCAUUCUAUUACAAUCUUAUCAUGUCAGCCCUCCCUGAUAACAAUGUGUUGGUUAUCAAAUUUCGUUUAGUUUUGGUUUAGCGCCAUGCUAACCGAUCCGAAUGAUAAGGGUAAUGAGAGGGACGAAAGGUGCGAAGAAACAGAAAUCGUCUCACUUGGCUUGUCUCACUUGCAUCCAAGCUACAGUAUCCCCCCACCCGCCCCCUUGGCAACAUCACAGUACAUGAUGCCUGCUAUAAAGUUAAUGAUCGGAAGAAUGGAAAGAGAAAGAAACGUUGAAAUUUUUCUUUUUUUCUGUUUCUUCUCAUUCUUCUGCAUCGUCUCGUCUCGCCUUUCAGUGUUGCCGGCGGCUAGCCCCUCUUUUGUCGUCGUGCCCAGUCAAUCAGUUACUGUUAACAGUCGCCCAACUAUCCAGCCACUGUCCCCUCCGCCCUUCUCGUCUUCUGGCCGGCCACUCUCUCUCUCUCCUUCUCUCUCUCUUUCUCGAUUCUCGACCCGAAGAAGAAGGGCGGCGCGAGACAAGUUGCGACCACUUGAAUACCGUAGUAUUACUGCGAAUCAGAAGAAUCACAAGGCGAUUGUGUCUACUCUUUUUCGAGCGGGGGAGGGAGGGAGAGAGAGAGAGAGAGAGAGUGAUAGAGAUAAGCGAAUGGUCACUUACUUAUCUAAUCUUCUCCUGAAUUUCACAAAGUUUGCUCUAGAGUUCAUGAAUGAUAGCAAAAUCUCCAAACAGCGGGGUCAUGAUGCGCCAAAAAGUUUGUAUUUGUGUGUGAAUGAAAAAUGAACACAAUGACGAGUCAUAGUGUACACAUUCCUGCCAUCCAAGUUUUCCUGACAAACUUUACCCUUCCCCCCGAUUCCAUUCCUUUUCUGUGUCGCCAUUUUUGGCUUUUCCUGAAAACCCGAAAUUCAGUGUGUAAAGUGUGAAAUCAUAAAAAGAGAUGUGUAAACGUCAAUUUUUUCUUCCUUUUUUUCCCGUUUCGUUCUCGUCGCCGUGGCAAAGAUUGCUCAUGGCGUCGUGUUGGCACAGCACUACCACCGUUUUAUGAGUAUGCAUAGUCACCUUUCUCCUUUUUUUCUCCCCCUGUUUGUAUAUUCCUUGUUGCAUUUGAUUUCCUUUCCUCAAACAUCAUCUCAUCUUUCAACCCUUUUUCUGUUGCAGAUUCGCCUUCCGCCGAGUUUCAGUACCAUCAAACUCAGGCCGUGCAGCCGUUGCCACCGACUCGUCUUCCGGCCAUUUCAAACUUGAUGAAGGACUCUCAACUCACCGCCAAACCAGUCGCCUAUUACUGUAAGUGUGUGUGAGUGACCUUCCGGAAGGAUUUCCCGCGCGUCUGUGCCCGUUCGGUUAUAUAGUUCUGAGGAUCCGACAAUAUAUUGGACACUACGUACUUGUAUACUUUUACAGCUGAGGGUAGCCCAACGAUGAACGAUUACCGAGUGGAAAAGGUGGCGAACACUCUGAUAGAUCCCUAUGUUCAUAUUGAUCAGCCGACUUACGCGGACUUUACAAACGCGUGAGUUGAUAAUGAAACAAUGACUUUUAUCUUGAACAUUGUUCUUGUUCUCGCGCGCGCAGAACUUUCUCCUCCUAUCUUCUGCCCUCAAAAAUGUCUUCGUCUUUUUUCCAUCUAUUUCCUUUCUUGUAUCAUCAAGGUCAUUCGAAUUAUGACUAUCAUCAAUCAUUUGGGCCGCAAAAAGAAAAGAAAGACUUCUCCUCUACUUCUCUAUUUGCCGUCAUCAUCUUCAUCAUCAUCAUAUCUAAAAAGUAUUCUCACCAAUGGAUUCGUUCAUCUUCCUUUCCAGACAAGUGCUGAAUCAUCAGCAGGAGAUGCUGCAGAUGAACUUCCCGACCCAGUUAUCCACUAGUUACAUGAAUACUGCACAGGUGCCACAGCCACCAAUGCCAUUCAACAUUUUCGAACUUGUAAGUGUUGUAUUUGAUAAAUUUCAAACAAACAAAAAACUGAAAUAUUUUAGAAUCUGACAAACUUCACAACGUUCAACUCGGCGUGCGACACACCGCUUCCACUUCUCAACAGUUCGCCCACGCACCAGUACACCCCGAUGCCAAACUUCACACCACCGCCACAAGACCCACUGGCAGCCGAGCCGAAGCAGAUCAAAAAGAGAAUGGCAGUACGCCCGGGUCCCGGUCGAAACUAACUAGAUAACAGUUUCAGGCGGUCCAAUGUCACCAGAACUCGAUUUGUUCAAACUGCAAGACACGUGAGACUACGCUCUGGCGACGAAACGGUGAAGGCGGAGUCGAGUGCAAGUGAGUGCUCAUGUUUGGGUGGACAAUUCGCUCAAACGACGUGUUUUUUCAGCGCUUGCAAUCUGUACUUCCGCAAGAACAACCGAAAGCGGCCACUGUCGCUGAGGAAGGACGGGAUCAUGAAGAGGAACCGCCGCCCACGCAACGAAUCGCCCAACUCUGCACAUAUCAGACACCAACAAGUUAGACACGGACAUGCGACUGCAUGCUAA